GUUUGUUUGUGUAGACAAAAAAUGAGGAGCCAAAUUUUCACGAUUCCGAUUGAUACGCAUUAUACGAGUCUCCGCAUUAAUCUUUCUUCCCGGUUUCCGGCGUCUAAGAAAACCUCAUCUCUCCGAUCGGGUUCCUCCCCGCCGGUUGAGAUGAUUUUUUGAUUCUGCGCGACCAUUCUUGUGUCAAUGGGAUGUUUCCAUUCUUCCAUGAGGAAUAUGUAUCCUUCGUAUGAAGACCCGAGGAAACUUGCUUCUCAAACAGCUUUCAGUGUCAGUGAAGUCGAAGCGCUAUUUGAGUUAUUCAAGAGCAUAAGUAGUUCUGUAGUCGACGAUGGGCUAAUUAGCAAGGAAGAAUUCCUACUAGCUAUGUUCAAGAAAAAAACGAAACAUAAUCUAUUUGCAAACAGGAUCUUUGCUCUUUUUGACGUUAAACGUAAAGGGGGGAUCGAUUUUGGCGACUUUGUUAGAUCACUCAACGUGUUCCACCCCAAUGCUCCUCUAGAAGAAAAAAUUAAUUUUUCAUUCAAGCUUUACGAUUUGGAUGGAACCGGAUACAUUGAGCGCCGAGGGGUUAAACAAAUGCUGAUAGCACUUUUACAUGAGUCUGAACUGAAACUCGCUGACGAGACCAUUGAGACAAUAUUGGACAAUACAUUUUUAGAGGCGGAUGGAGACCGGGAUGGAAAGAUAGACAAAUCAGAAUGGCGGGCUUUUGUUACGAAAAACCCUUCGUUGUUGAAGAUAAUGACGCUUCCUUAUUUAAGGGAUAUCACAACCUCAUUUCCAAGCUUUGUUUUCAAUAGUCAAGUUGAAGAGAUUGUAUCAUGACAAAGGAGGAAUGAACAAAAGCCCUAGCUAGUUCUAUUCUUGUCAAUCAUAACUAGUAAAUGUGUUGAUAGAGGAGGUUUAUGACAUGUUUAAACCCCAACAAAAUUUAAUAAGAAAAAAGAAAAAAUAACUGCAGCAUUUUGUAAUGUACAAUCAAGAGCUACCUUGAUUUAUAAAGUUGUUGAUUGGCAUUUGUUAUUUUUC